AUGUUCCCCCCCAGCUGCCCACCGGCAUGCUUGAAACGGAAGACCUCAAGUACCCAUUCCUCUUCCAACAAGCGGGUCCGGCUCUCGGGAGUUUUCUCUCCCCGUCUCAUUGUUCCCACCGGAGCUCGACGUUCUAUAUGGGAUUGGACCAAACCUCCCCGGUUUAUCCUCGAUCCUGUUGCAGUACAGGGAGCCAAACGGACCCUCGCCGAGGAUGAGGACAUAUAUACACCGAGCAAUUGUAAAGUACGCCUUCUAGACAACCGAGAUGCCCUCUUCCUGCCCGGUUACAAAAGGCUCCCAACCAAGAAGCAACGUAAGCGGAGCUUAUCCACCUCGUCGCCGUCCAAGAAGUCCCUCGAGGUUGUGAGGCUACGGAGACGGGAGCAGUUCAAACGCCAGCUACAACGUGUAGAUUCAGGCAUUUGCAUGGAUUCUGAUGAGGAUCUUGACCUUGACACUGUUGUAGAGAAUAUCAGUCCUUUCGACGGUUUCGCUUUCACUGGCGUGAUCGUCGAUAUGACCGAAGCCAUGGAGGCUACAGCUACAACUACGGAGGGGGACGAUAUGGAUAUUGAGGACGCUAUCAUUAGCUACUUCUAG